ACAUAUCGACUGAUUGAUUGAGUGAUUGAUUGCCUUAUCCGUUCCGUUUGAUUUUCCAUCUCCUAAUUGCCGUUUGUCGACAAAAUUCCACCAAGCUGCCCGUACUGCUCUGUACCGUCGUCCAUGGAUGCCUCUUGUCGACUUGUCUCGAGUCUCUCUCCCCCGCACCGCUUGCCCCGCCUUGUUCUCAACCCCCCCCCGGAAUGGCAUUCCCCUGCUGCUAACGCCUUUGAUGCUUCCCUAACGCGCAUCGAGGUUGGCAAAACGGGGCCUGUACAGCGCUGUAGUAUGAUGCGACGAGGAAGGGCAAGGUGCGGUGCAGUUCCCAGCAGGGGCCUAGCGGAGCGCUCUGCCCAAUGGAAAGGGCGCUGGUGGUCCAUGGACGAUGCUCCGCGCUGGGCGAUCGCGAAUCGUUUACGGCACUCAGAUCCACCUCGGAGCGCGCACCAUGAUUAUUGCUCGCUCCAACACAUCAUCGUGUCAUGUCAGAUGAGGCACUGCGGCUACGAGCGGCGGUCGAGAAUCGCAGAAGCAGUGCCGCCGCCCCCCAUGGCUGCCUGUGAAGUUGCACUCGUCGACCACACCAGCCCCAUGACGCGCUGCUCUCCAAUUCGCUCCGCCCCGUCUUCAUUAGGUAAUGUGCUCCCAAGAAGCAGAGGCUCGACGGUACCUGGAUGGUGCGCCCGCAACAUGUUUCUCCUGCUUCUCCGGCUCGGCUCUUCUUUCUCUCGUCGUGUUUCGUUUCCUGUUCCUUUACCCGCCGCUUGCUUGCUUGCUUGCUUGCUUCAACCACCACCGCCGCCGCCGCCGCGAUGUGAAGCCAUCCAUCAAUGGCAAACUACCCCAGACACGCUCCUCGGCUCAGGGAGAGAGCAAGUAAAAAAUAGCAAUGCCCUACUGCUACUACUGCUGCUGCUAGCUGGCCUUGUACAUAUCACCCCCCGGUCACCACAUCACCUUGCUGACUUGGUCGCCCUGCGUCAAUACGUACUAUGUACAAAGUACCCAAAUAUCUAUGUACCUAGGUAUACCGCCUACAUAUCCAUUAGGUACACGGCGGUACCUGUUAUCCACAUAUCCACCCCCUCCGUCCGCUAGCUAUAUCCCAUGCCGACUUUUUUUUUUCCUGUUGAUGCCUUGUUGACCCUGGCCCCGGCCUCACGUGCAAUCUAUCUGCCCGUCCGUCAGUCAACAUUUCCCACCUAAUCAAUCGCUGGUCCCUUGUUGGGCCCAUUCACUUU